UUUUUCUUUUUUUUUCGUAUAGAAAUUCUUCCAUUUCCGUUGCUAUUUUUCUUGGGCAACACUCCAAUUCAAAUUCUCCACUGUAAUUUAAAGCUUUCUUCACUCACAUUUCCUAAGCAAAUCAGCCCACACUUGCCAUCAUGUAUCGCUUUGCCACUGCUUUAGCUUCUAAAGCCAGGAUUGCCAGAGGCAGCCAAUUGGUUGGUAAUAGUAGGUUGUUGUGGAGCAGAAAUUAUGCUGCGAAGGAAAUCAGAUUUGGUGUGGAAGCUAGGGCCAGAAUGCUUAGAGGCGUCGAAGAGCUCGCUGAUGCUGUCAAAGUUACAAUGGGUCCUAAAGGUCGUAAUGUUGUACUGGAACAAAGUUACGGUGCUCCCAAAGUGACAAAGGAUGGUGUUACUGUGGCGAAGAGCAUCGAGUUCAAAGAUAAAGUUAUGAAUGUAGGUGCUAGCCUCGUCAAACAGGUUGCAAAUGCCACUAAUGAUGUUGCAGGAGAUGGUACCACGUGUGCAACCAUCCUCACACGUGCAAUAUAUUCCGAAGGAUGCAAAUCAGUUGCAGCUGGAAUGAAUGCCAUGGACUUGAGGCGUGGGAUCAACAUGGCAGUUGAUGCCGUGGUGAAUAACUUGAAGAGCAGAGCAAGAAUGAUUAGUACAUCUGAAGAGAUAGCACAGGUUGGUACAAUAUCGGCAAAUGGAGAAAGAGAGAUCGGAGAGCUUAUAGCCAAGGCUAUGGAGAAAGUUGGGAAAGACGGAGUUAUUACUAUUGCAGACGGAAAGACGUUAUAUAAUGAACUGGAAGUGGUAGAAGGAAUGAAGCUUGAUAGAGGCUACAUAUCUCCUUACUUCAUCACCAAUCAAAAGAACCAAAAAUGUGAAAUGGAGGAUGCACUAAUUCUAAUCCAUGAGAAGAAAAUAAACAACUUAAAUGCCAUGGUGAAAGUGUUGGAGUUAGCGAUGAAGAGGCAAAAACCUUUGUUGAUCGUUUCUGAAGAUGUGGAGAGUGAAGCAUUGGCUACCCUAAUUCUAAACAAGCUUCGAGUUGGGCUGAAGGUUUGUGCCAUUAAAGCUCCAGGGUUUGGAGAAAACAGAAAGGCGUAUUUACAGGACCUAGCUGUCAUAACAGGAGGACAGGUAAUCACAAGCGAGCUAGGAAUGGAUCUUGAAAAUUUGACGGGUGAAAUGCUUGGUUCGUGCAAAAAGGUCACAGUAUCAAAGGAUGACACUGUUAUUCUUGAUGGAGCUGGUGACAAGAAGUCUAUUGAAGAAAGAUGUGAACAGUUACGAUCGGGAAUUGAAGUAAGCACUUCUGAAUACGACAAGGAGAAACUCCAGGAAAGACUCGCUAAGCUUUCUGGUGGUGUUGCUGUCUUGAAAAUCGGUGGAGCCAGUGAAGUUGAGGUGGGUGAGAAGAAGGAUAGAGUUACCGACGCUCUGAAUGCAACAAAAGCAGCUGUUGAGGAAGGCAUUGUACCUGGUGGUGGUGUUGCUCUCCUUUAUGCUUCCAAGGAACUGGAGAAGUUGCAAACUGCCAACUUUGACCAAAAAGUCGGUGUUCAGAUUAUCCAGAAUGCCCUCAAGGCUCCAGUACAUACAAUUGCAUCAAACGCUGGAGUUGAGGGCUCAGUUGUUGUAGGUAAGCUAUUAGAGCAGGACAAUCCCGACCUUGGCUAUGAUGCUGCUAAAGGUGAAUAUGUGGACAUGGUCAAGGCUGGAAUAAUCGAUCCAUUGAAGGUUAUUAGAACUGCUUUGGUAGAUGCUGCAAGUGUGUCGUCUUUGUUAACUACCACGGAGGCUGUUGUUGUUGAACUCCCCAAGGACGAGAAAGAAUCGCCGCCAACGGGGCCCGGUAUGGGCGGAAUGGGCUAUUGAAGGAGGUGAUAUUUUUAAAAUUUUCUUUUGAAACUCGAAAUUCGUUCGCUUUUUGCAAUUUUAAUUAUUUUAGCGAAUUUCUGAAAAAUAUCAAAUGUAGUUAAUAUCGAGGUGGAAAAAGGUAGGUAGUCCCUAGUUAAACAAAAUCCUUUCAUUUGCUUGAACUCCGAUGGAACUUUGACGCGUCUUGAUAGUAAAUACCUCGUAAAACCGUAGCUCUUUCGAUUCAUUAUGAAAAGUUGCUUGAGUUAUAAAAUCUUUUUCAUCCAUGUUUCAGUUAAAAGCAAUAUUUUGUUUUUAAAAAAUAAAAAAUCGGUUUUAGGAAAACUAUUAUCGUGUUAUCAUGGGUUUUAUUAAGUUGAAGGGUAUUUUAGUCUUUAUAGAGGCCUCUUAAUGUAACAUAUAACGUACAAUCAUUGAUUAGCGGCCGUAGUUACAUUUGUUUUUUUAAUAUUUGUAAUGGAAGUGAGUAUCUAACGCAUCAGAUUAAUUAAUUAAACAGAUUAGAUGCUUAAUUAUUUUAAUCAUCAGAUAUUUGCAUUAAUUAA